GUGAGCUCUGAGUGAGACCAGCAGGAUGCAAGCUCAUUUUACUGUCUGACCUGUGAAGCAACAAGACCUCUGUGUAGGAUUGCAGUUGGGAAGAUCCAUUGGAAUCGGAAUCAUUCACAUCAUCUCUCUAAUUACCACAGCAGACUCUAGCAUCGAAUAUUGAAAGCUUUGAUGCCCUGUGUCUCAGCUUGUUGCUAUUCUCCUUCAUCCGUCUUGUGUAUUUCACAUUUUGACAUUGUAUUGUAUUAUGCCCAAAUCAACUGACUCCUGUACCUUAAGGAUUGGGAGCUGAUCGGAAUAUCAUUAUCAUAUGAUUCCGUUGGCUGCUUGUUGCCAUUGGUGGACGGCUUAUAUCUGGAUCCUACAUCUGCAUUCAUGAAAGCAUUGACAUUCUCCUGCAUCAUUGACUCGGUAUCAAUGAUCAUGAUUCAUUUAAGGCAAUAGAUUUGAAAACAUUUCGCUUUGGCAUAUGAUAAGAUUUAUAGAGACGUUUACCCGUAAUGCCAUCGAAAGCAAGAAGUGGGCGCAUCAUGAAUGCUCUUUUGAAAAAGCUGUCCUUUGGGACUCGCGUUAGCACUUCAUUGGUGAGUGAUGUCUCUGAGGUAACCCUGGUAAGCGCUGAAAGACUAUGUCGAUACCUCCCUGCCACCUCGCUACCCAAAGACCUCGGUGGAACGGCAGAUGUCAAACACCUAGACUGGCUCAACUCGUGUCUGGACCAAAACAGCGAUAAAAACCGCAACUCACGGGACCUCAGUGAUUCCCUAGUGGAUACUCCAGAGGCCUUGGAGGCCAACCAGAAAGCAGUAGAACUGUACGCCCCAGAGAGGAUCGAUAGGAUUUCAGAUAUAGACUCCCCUUCGGCUGGAUUCUUAGUGGACAUUAGCCAUAGAGGUAGUACGGACAGUCUACAGUCUAGCCAUAGUGGCACACUGUCGGACCCCAUACGUGGCAGCAUUGAGGACAUGAAAACAACUUGUAGUAGCGACAGCGCCAACGGUACAGGUAACGGUCAACUCAUCACGGACUCCAGGGGCAAUGGCUCCUUAAAAGACCACAGGUUUUGCGACAUGGACGAUGAGGAGAAGAUCCAGAAAGACGCUAAGGAAAAACACGAAACGGAAAUUGUCGAGAAGGACGGAGACAGCGACGGGAUCCCGGAGGGUCCGCCGCCCAAACCACCCCGUCCCCGACCCAACGAUUCGCCACCCCCGGUUCCAGAUCGAAAGGAUGUACCUGUGUUCUCUGCUACGGAAUCGGUGCAUCAGCCAACGGAUAGCGGCAUGGACAUAGAGGCCUUGGUAUCCUAUAUCCUCAAUAUGAGGCAAAGUGGUAUUUAUAAGGAGUAUGCAGCUAUCCGAGCCGAACCACCAGCAGGAACAUUCUAUGCAUCAAAACACCGAUUAAACGUGCAUAAGAACCGGUAUGCCGAUGUCCUCUGCUACGACCAUUCCAGAGUUUUUCUACCUGUACUCAAUGGCGAUCCUUACUCAGAUUACCUCAAUGCUAACUACAUGGACGGAUACAAGCAGAAAAAUGCCUUCAUUGCUACACAGGGCUCCUUACCAAAGACUUUCAGUGACUUCUGGCUGAUGAUUUGGGAAAACCAGGUGAGAACGAUCGUCAUGACGACCAGGACGGUGGAAAGAGGGCGGUUGAAGUGCGGUCAGUACUGGCCCCUGGAGGAAGGAACGUCGGGAGACUACGGCAAGAUAUCUGUUGCCAAUUUGGAGGUGGAGACCAGGAGGGAUUACACCAUCACUUUGCUGACAGUUCACAAUAGCUCAACCGGGGAAAGCAGAAGAAUUACCCACUUUCAGUUUACGAGCUGGCCAGACUUUGGGACGCCCCGAUCUGCACUAGCUAUGCUGGAGUUCCGGGAGGAAGUUCGGCAGUACCAGUCAACAUCUGUCAAGGAAAUGGGAGAGAACUGGACUGAACACCCAGGAGGUCCACCCAUAGUGGUCCAUUGCAGUGCUGGUAUCGGCAGGACAGGAACCUUCUGUACGUUGGACAUCAGUUUAGCUCGCCUGGAGGACGUUGGCACCAUCGAUGUCUGCAACACGGUGCGUCUGAUGAGAGCCCAGCGUGCCUACAGCAUCCAGACUCCAGACCAGUAUGAGUUUUGUUACUUUGCUCUGGUGGAGUAUGCACAGCGUGCCGACAAGCUCCCGUCAUCCAUAGACUUCAGUGGGUACGAGGACAGUGAAAGUGACAGUGACGACUAGAAUUCUACUUCGAAGCUUACUACAGUGACCCUUUGUUGGUCACAAAGACUUAUAAAGAUGGAAACAGAUUAAAGUGGAAAGAGUCUUAGAUAUCUCUAGAUAAAGCAAGAAGAGAUGAUCCAUAGAAUCACUGCUAAAGGAUGGAGAGGUUCCAUAAAGUUGAAAUCUUCCCAUGAUUGGAGCUUUCUUAGAGAGUGGCAGCUGCAUUUAUACCUCGUCGUCGCUAACUCCUGAUGAUGGAAUUGGAAUACGGUGGAAUGACACAGUCAGUUUGGCGUAAUGCGUCAUACAGGUAGUUGUGCCUUGUUGUCCCAAAGUUCUGUUGAGAUGUUUCCAAUGGUAGAGGCCCUCUAGGAAUCCUUGAGGCUUGGACCUGAAUAUGACCUUCUGGAACCUAGGCAGAAGCAGAGAUGGGGUACUCAACAGAACUGUCCAAUGGACAGGGAUUUCUACACAAGACUGGAUCUCAGAGAAAGGAUCUUCAAAGGAAUGGACCACACUGGUUCAGCUCUACAUGUCGAGGAUCAUAAGCCUGUUGAUGACUGAAUUCUGUAUUCCCUUAGACUUGGUACAGGGAUUACCCAGUGCCCGUAGACAACGGCCAAGUACAAAGGUCCUGGUCUGGUAAGGAGUACCACCUGAAUGACUCAUGUCUCAUACAACCCAAGGAAACUCUUUUCUAUUUAGAGGUUAGGCCAGCGUAGACUUGAAACGCAACUGUUAACAUUAUUGUCCUUUGGAACAGGGUAAUGGCUUAUGUUAACAAGCGUGUCAUGAACGUUGACAUUCAGAAAGUGAAGAUUUCCGAGUGUUAUUCUUGCAUCCGCUACAUGUUGAAAGUCGAGAAGCAACAAUUCCCCAGAGACCAUGGUGGGGACUUCUAACAAAAUAUAGAGGCUUGUCCCGCCACAAAGUGAAUAAACGUGGGAGUAUAUAGCGAUGUCUGUUCCAAGAAUUGCAAAGCAUAUUAAGCUUUGAAAGACUUUCUGGCCCUCAAUGAAAGACAUGUUUGGUUCCCAAGAGGGAAGCACGUAGUGACCUCAAUGUAGUAUCCAGUAUUUUAGUAAAUUCAGUAUAAAAAUUAUGUCAAAUGAUUAUUUUUUUUCGGGUAUGUGCGAAAGGGUUGAAAAGAUAUUCUGUCAUAAAUAAAAAAGAGAAAAUACUAUAUAUUUUAUAAUUUCUGCCUAUUUAUAUUAACCAUAAGAGGUGGUGUGGUGGUGUACGAGACUGUACGGUAAAAUAAUAGUUCAGGGGGGUGUUUCACAAAGAGCUAAGUCCGACCAAAAGUUAUCUCAUUGAUAAGAAUGUGAAAGCAUUCCAGGAGCUUGUAUUGACUGGCCAAUGCAGAGGUGUAUAAUGUUUCACAUGCAAGAUGAUUUUUAAUCAUACACAAGUCUUUAUGAAACACCCCCCAAAUUGAUUAUGUCUGUUGCAUAUGAUCGUGUAUAUAUUUAUAUAUUUAAGUAUACUAUUUAGUUUCAAAGAUGUAAAUGAUACUGUUGACCAUGUACAUGCUUGUGUUAUUGUCAUCUGUGUUUGGUAUGCCACAUGAGAUCGUUUCUUGAUGGUUGUUGUUGAAGCACAGAUUUGCUCCUAUCAUGAAUAAUUGUGUUGAUUUACAGUCAUUUCGUGGCCAAUUUGGGUUGUAAGGAUCACCUGCUUUUUUCAUCGAGAAUAAAGAUGAAUGGAGAGAUUUUUAGUUCCCCAAUAAAGUUAUUGAUUCUAUAGAGUCUAUGAUUAUUUUGUUUGUCCGAUUCUUGGUAUUCUAGUUAUAAACACAAAGUCUGUCUUGUGAAUCAUUGCUUAAACAUCAAGUCUAUUCCAUAAAAUUGUUGAUUUGAAUAUAUAGAGAAAAAUCAAACUAGCAUAACGCUGAAAAUUUCAUCAAAAUCGGAGGUAAAAUAAGAAAGUUAUGACAUUUUAAAGUUUUGCUUACUUUUUACUAAACAGUGAUAUGCACAACUCAGUGGCAUGCAAAUGACAUUCGAUGAUGUCCGUCACUCACAAUUUCUGUUGUUCUUUAUUGUUUGAAUUAUUCAUUUUUUACAGAUUUGACCCACUUGACUGAACCAUGUAAUAUUAAUCAAUGCCAAUUCAACAUGUUCAACAUGACAAUGAGGAGAAAAUUAAGAAUAUUUCAUAUAAAAAAAUACAAAAGAAAUAUUGAGUGGAUGACGUCAUCGGUCUCCUCAUUUGCAUACUGACCAGGAUGUGCAUAAAACUGCUUUGUGCAAAUCAAAACUUUAAAAUGCCAAAACUUUCUUAUUUUACAUCCGAUUUUCAUGAACUUUUCAGUGUUAUGCUUGUUGGAUUUUUCUCUUUUUAUUCAAAUCAACUUUUUGUUGGGGUGGACCUGUCCUCUCGCAAAUCAAGAUAUUUCUGGUUAUUUUCAUAGGUGGGCGAGACACAAAAUCGCUUUUGCCUUGUGUGUAAUUGUACCAACCUGAGAUUUGGUGUCCCAAUGCUGACAGACCCAGCUGGGUUGAUUGUAAUACCGUACUGGGGCCACAUUGUCUGUGUACAGUAGUCAGCUCUUCUAUUGUGUCUGACCUGGCUGUAUCGAGCUAUGUUUUUCAGUAGUGCACAAGUCAAGGGGGGUAAAGUGCCAAUUCGUCUACUGGCAACUCGUCCUUUCACCACAUGGCCUAUCUUCAUUUAGUCCAAUGCCAAUCUGUCCAUCAACAUUUUGUCUAACAACCAUUUGGUCCAAUAAUCACUUGGUCCAAUCUUCACUUUGUCUAAUCACCAGUUCGUCUCAUAACCACUUGGUCUAAUAUCCAUUUCAUUUUUAUUCAUUUUGCACAAUUAACACUUAGUCCAAUUAGACCAAAUGGUAAAUGGACUAAAUGGCUACUGGACCAAUUGGUCUUUGGACUAACUGGUUAUUAGACAAAAUGGUGAGUGGACGAAUCGGCAAUGAGACCAUGUGGAUAGUGGACGAGCCAAUGGUAGACCAAAUGAUAGAAAACGAGUUGGCGAUUGGACGAAUUGGAAAUAAAUCGUCAAGGGGGGGGGAGUAUUCAAAGAGAUAUGUUUAAUUCAAUUUCAAUUAGCAAUUCAGUAACAUUUAAUAUCUUUUAUUACAACAUACCUACAUUGUGAUCAGUUUAAACCUUUUUUUGCUACUACAAUGAUUAAUAAUAAGAAUACUUGGUUCUUUCAUAGCGAAUCAUGCAUAGCAGAUUGCAUGUCUCUAUGCGCUAAUGAGUGUAAACAUGGACAUCUCAGUUAAAUAGAGAAUUUGAUUUCAAUUCAUUUUUUAUAAGAUAGGGUAGGGUAGGGGGUCUUUGUAAAUGCUGAAAUAUGUGAUGAUAUACCUUAACAAUUCAUAUCGAGUUAUAGAAUGAAGUUGUCAUUCUGUAUUGAAUUUUGCGCAUUCAUUUUGUUGUGUAUAUUUUGUUGCACUAUGCAAAUUGUUUGUAAUAUAGAGGAAAACAGCUAGUUCCUUUCCUAUCUGUAUACGUCCACUGUGGUUCACCUGAAAUCUUUCAUGGACUGGAAGAGCAUGGUCGAUUAUAAGGGAAAUUUAGUAAAAAUGCAGAAAUGGUAGUCUGAAAUUUGCCAUCUUUGUGAUGCGUAUUUGGGGUUGGGUUUUUUUUUUUUGGGGGGGGGCUAUGAUAUAAUUUUAGGUGAACUUGAAAUAUUGAUAAAUAUGUACAAGGAUUUUGAUUUUGCUCAAAAUACAUUGGAUGAAAUUCUGUAUUGAUAUCAUGUUUCUUGUCUUUAAUUGAUUGAUAGAAGCACCAGUCAUGGAAAGAUGUCAUUUUUUGAAGUUGGGGUGAAAUGAAGAGUGAAUUCUAUCAAAUAAAAAGGCGAUUCUCAGGGUCUACUGCUGAUAUUUCCCUUUAAGUGCCAUAUCAACUUGAUUAAAAACGAUUACCAGUUAGGGAUUCUAUUAUUUAUUUUAGUGUGGUCUAGUAGUGGUUAGAGCACUGGACAAACGAUCAUGAGGUUGUGAUUUUGAAUCCCGCUCAGCUGUUAUCUCCACUUUAACCAAAAAGGCCCGAGUAAUCUCUCGUCUAUAAGGUCAGCCACUGUGACUGAUAAACUCGGACUUGAAAUGUUUUACUACGUAAUUGGUUAUCCCAGCUUGGCGUGAAUGCGAUACGUGAGUUCUUCCAAUAGAAACAUCAAUAGGGACUAAUCGCAAUUGCAACGGGGACUGAUUCUACAACUUAGAAGAUCUAUUGUCAAAAGCCCUUCAUGACAAAGCAGCCUCUUUCGAAAAUGGGUGAAUCAAAACAGCAGUGUCGUCGUGGACUCUGGACAAAGGACAUAUUUGCAUUUUUGGGGGUCAGAUCAGAAUCUUAGGACGAUCUGCUGUCCCGGUUCACCAAUUUUCGACAAAAACCUCUAAGCUGUCCAUUGUGAUAUGACGGGCAUUUUCAGUAGAUUUACUAUGUUGUAGAAUCUGUCCCCAUUACAGUUGCGACAACUGGCUCUUAAUCAGCCUACAUCCCCCUUGAAAUCCAAUAAGUAUUAAAAAUAGCAUGAUAUAGAGGCUGCUGUAAGUAUGACAUCCUCAAAGUAUUUCAUUUUAGUUCCAUUAUUCAAAUCUUUUCUUCAAAACGGGGAAUCCUCGCAUGGCUUAACAUUAAUACAGGGGCGGUGAAUAUGAAGUAUCUAACUUGCCAUUAUUAACAGAUUCAUUCAACACUGGAUUAAUAUAUUGUACCUGUUUUGCAUAUUACAUGUGUUAUUUGUUUUCUGCAUAUUUAUGUACGUUUCCAUGGGUAUGGCAAGUGACGUAUACCCGUCACGCUGGGAGGGGUUUAUUUUUUUCUUUUUGUUUUUUGAAAAAUUUAUUUGUGAGAUGGUUAUGUCUGUGUAGCGUAUUUGGACAUUAUUGUUGAAUUUCGUCACAUAUCAAAGUGUUCAAAGAGUCUGAACAAACCCGAUAUGAAUAUUAAAAAAAAAAUUCACUGUCAUUGUAA